UUAGAUCCUGAUGAUUAAAUCGAGCCGGACCUUAUAAACACGCGAUACAACGGGGCGGUAGCGGCGCCUCAGAGUUUUCAUCUUUUUACGUAGGAUGGAGGAGAUCGACAAUAUAAUAAUUCACUCGUUGCGACAAAUAGGCUGUGACAUUGAAGAGAACAUAACGAAUCUUAGUAGCUUUAACACUGAACUAGUUGUGGAAGCCACUGUAAGAUGCUUAGAAGCAAUAAGGCCGGGUUUAGGUUUGUCUACUAUAUUACCUGUAAAUAUGGCAGCGCGCUUUCGACUGGGCGCUACUCUUGCACAAACAUGCAUGGAGCUUGGAUACAGAGGUGACAUCGGUUAUCAGACAUUCCUAUAUAACUCAGAAGCAGAUCUGCGAAGAGUAUUUAUGUUUCUCAUUGAAAAACUGCCAAAGGAGACUGAGAAAACCGUAAACGAAUCCAUCAGUAAAGUCGCUUUAUUAGAGAAAUCGGUAGCAUCUACAAUAUCCCAAGGACUCUCCAUACCAUGGUUACCGCAUUAUUGUCAUAAACAGGGAUUUAGGAAUAGAGGAAGAGCGAAUGACCCUUAUGUGUCUGUAAAUAUCGAAGUACCAAUAGCAAAUAUCGAAGAUGGUAAUGCAAUAUUAAUAUUACUUGGAUUACUUUUGCCAGAUAAUGUUAAUGCAAUGACGACCGUUAUUAUUGCAGAUUAUAAAGACUAUUGUAUGCGCUAUUUACAACCAGUGCCUGAACAAAUGCAAGACAUUGCGUGCUUUUUACCUUCAAUGAUAUUGUACAAUGCAAAAGCGCUUAAUACUUCUCCGACAGAUAUUAUGGAACGCAUAAAUUGGCUUAAUAGCCAACACUCUGAAAAACCUGCUUAUUCUAAUGCGUAUAAUAUUGUUAAAGAGUUUAGCAAAUUCUCGUCAGAGAAGAAGACACAAACUUCAACAGAAUCUCAGGUGAAACCAGAAUCUACAAUGCAUCCAGUGCUUCCAGAUCAAGAAACAUUAAGAAAUCAGGCGAAACAGGAAGUUGAAACAGAAAAGAUGAAAGCAGAAUGUGAAAGUCUUAGAAUAAAUAUAGAAGAAUUACAAAACGAAAUUAAAAAAUUGACCACCAGAUUAGCUCAAGCAACAAUAACUGGUCAAAAUGAAGAGAAGGAAUUAAAAAUCAAUGAGGAACAAAAAAAAAUCAAAGCAAAAGCAUACGAACUCCUUCAAGAUGGGCCAGAGAAUGUAAAGAAAUUGGAAUCUGCAAUUGAGGCUAGUACAAGCAAAUUGAUUAAUUUAGCAAAUCAAUGGGAAAAACAUAGGGUGCCCUUAAUCAUGAAAUAUAGACAAGAAAGAGAGAAGCAUUCCACAAAAGCAAACGCGAGCCAAAAGAAACUGGACGAGAUAAAAUUGUUAAAAGAGAAGGAAAAAGAACUUCAAGAAGAAUGUCGGAAUAAAGACCAACAGUAUUCACAGUUGGUCGCAGAAGUUCAGAAACUUCCUAAGGAAGUAAAUAGAUCUGCAUACACCCAACGAAUUUUAGAAAUAAUAAAUAAUGUCAGGAAACAGAGAGAUGAGAUAAGCAAGGUUCUGGCAGAUACUCGUGAAAUUCAAAAGGAAAUCAAUACGCUUACCGGAAGAUUGGAGAGAUCCUUUACCGUCGUAGAUGAAUUAAUAUUCAGAGAUGCAAGAACAAACGAAGCUUCGCGGAAGGCUUACAAAUUAUUAGCGACGUUACAUUCAGACUGUAAUGAACUUGUAAGUUUAGUUGAAGAAACAGGUGCGACAAUACGAGAAAUCAGAGAUUUGGAAGAACAGAUCGAUUCCGAGUCCGCGAAAAACGUCGGUGCUAAUUUGGAAAGAAUAACUGCCGAUUUAAAACAAAUGAAACAAGAAACCGCCGCAUUAACCGCACAACUUCAAAGUAAAGCCUCGUGAUUGUUAUGUACAGUACAGCGUCAUUUUGCGAAUUGUAAUGUUCAGGACCAGAUGGGAGUUUAAUACAGAAUAUAAACGAAUACGAUCGAAUGCAUUAAAGACCAAACAUUUUUUAGCUACGCAACCAACAGAAUAUCACGCGAUAUUGCUCGUGAGAGUCUCCACGAAUCUACUAAGUUAACUGUAAACAAACGUGCCUUGGUCUGGAGUCGUCAGGCAUUAGGCUUUUAUUAGCCUCGGGCCAAGAGUAUAAAACAUGCUAUUAACAUCAAUGCUCAAAGAGACAUUAUUUAUUAUAAAGCCUAAUAAUUUUUUAGUAUCGAGUUCAACUUUCGUAUCUCUCGCAACUUGAAGAUCUGACUUGCGGCUGUAAAUAAAAUAAUUGCUAAAACAUCACUUUCAAACAAAGAACAUGUACAAAAUAUAGAAUGUGUAUAAGGGUAAAA